AAGGCUGAUCAUGAUGGGUAGUGAAAUCCACAUGGCUGCGCUUAUUAUCCUAGUUAGCCUGUUCCUCGGCGGCAUUUAUUGCCUCGACGAAGCGGCUUUGAGCCUACUUAGUGAUGCCGCUUCUCAGCUUCGACGUAUUGAUCCAUGGGAACAGAUCCCGUCGUACGCCCCCACCCCCGGAUACUUGGGCCGCGAACGCACGGUAUCCGGAUAUAGCCCUUCUCUCAACCAUGGGAAUCGAAGCUCCACCCCCUCGCGUUAUACCCCACCCGAUCAGCGCGAUUUCAUUCGAGACACUGAAUGGGAUCAAGCAGGGACAGAUACUGAAGAGGAGUGGCCCUCGUUUAUCCGGUAUAUGAUCGAAUGGAGAGUAACUCUAAACAACCGUAUGGUGGCUAAGGACACCGAGCAAGACCUGGCUUUGAACCCCAGUUCGUACUGGCAAGAUAUCAAACAAAAAGCGGAAACCAUAUUACGUCGGAAAAUAGCUCGCAACCGACGGGUGAGGCUUGAUGACACCACGAUAGUGGUCUCUGUAAACGAUCGCUCACAGCGCGAUCUUACCAAACGCUUUGAAAGAACUGACAUUGACUGGACAACUAUCUCCAGACAGCUCGUGAUGUGGAAAAAUCUGUUCCAUCAGGGCAAGAAGAUUAGACUUUGCAUUUCCAUUAACUACUUAGACUCAGACGAGCCUUUGUCAGGCACCGACAAGAGAGGGCAAACAUCAGUGACCAGGAGGAUGCUGAAUACACGAGAGGCUGAGAUCGACGCUGAACACUUUUCUGGGCAACCUUCGGCUUGGCGGGAUGUUUACCGAGUAAUGCGCUGUCCUGGUCCACCAUGCCGCCUAGAUUCGCAAUACUGCUGGCAGGACCCGGAUGGGAAAAAGCACUAUAAACUACGCACACAUCACCUGAGGAAGCUGGUUAGAUAUGUGGAGAAAGAACACGGUAUCAUAGAAACCCAUGAUGAUAUUCCCGACAACAUCCGUGAGCAAUUGUAUGCAGAGGAACAGCAGCGACUUGAGAGACGACAGAAGGGUCCUGAACAUCCUACAACUGGAUCUACAGUCCCAAUAAAUAUCAACGUGCUCCCAGCACAGCCAUCCCAGUCUGUAAUAUCUUCGCCGGCUGACGCCAACAUCGCUUCAUUGAGAACAUAUCCGAGUAAGCCUAUCGAAAUCCCCGGGCCCCUAGAAGUAGCGGUGGAGGAAUAUACGAAUUGGCAGCUCUCGCGGGUGAACACUGAGAGUUUCAGACAAAAUGUCAGGAAAGCACGUGAUGUGACAUUGGAGAACUGCCUUGACCUUAAUCAAAUACAUCAGGAUCAAGACCCCGAAUUUUUUAUCCGGCAAGGUGUGAAAAUUGGUGCUGCACGCAGGUUUGUUAGUGAGAUCAACGACUGGGCUCAGGAAUACCAACCCAACCGAGCCGAUGAUUUUGAAUAAGUAUAUAAAUUAAUCAGCUAGAAACAAUUUCACAUCUUUGAACGU